AUGCUUCAGAACAUGCACCACAAGCAUAUUGUGGCAUUCAAAGACUGGUUUGAGAGCGAUUCCGAGUACUACAUAGUCACCCAGCUGGCCACUGGCGGGGAGCUACUGGAAAGGGUAUGUCAGAGAAAAAGGUUUAGCGAGCCAGAUGCCGUGCUUCUGAUAAAGCAGGUUCUUUCUGCAGUCUCCUACUUACAUGCGAGGGGAAUAGUUCACAGAGACCUGAAGCCCGAAAACAUACUGUAUUUGGACCACAAACCAGAUUCGCCCAUAGUGCUGGCUGACUUUGGCAUAGCUGAAAAGUUGACCCAUACCGACGAGCUCAUAUACUCAACCGCAGGGACCCCAGGCUAUACAGCACCCGAAGUGUACAGAUCGUCAUCGUCCAGAAGAGGAUACACCAAGCAGUGUGACAUCUGGUCUCUGGGAAUCAUUACUUAUGUUUUACUCUCGGGCCGGUUUCCCUUUCCUACGGAAAGUAGAGAGGCCUUCCUGAAAGAUGUUGCUUCUGAAAAACCUCUUUUUCAAAACGUUUAUUUCAAAAACAUCUCCAACAUGGCGAAGCACUUCAUUGGAAGCAUGUUGAAUGUAAACCCUUCUAGACGGCCCUCUGUUGAAGAGCUACAGCGACAUCCAUGGAUCAACACUUCGGAUUGGAAAAACCCCAACAGAGUUGCUCAAAACAGGCAUGAGGCCCAUUUCGUCGAUCUGCUUCCCCAGGUCAAGUCCGGAUUCGAUGCUGUUGGCAAGAUGCGUCAGGCAGUGGAUAUGGUCAAGGUGACCAACCAGAUGAAGCGUAUGCGUUCGCUGGAAAACGUUUCUGGAAUGUUAGAAGAGAAGCAUGUACUAUACCCCUGUGCAAGGGAAGAUUACGGGUUUGGGGUAAGAGAGACCCGUUUGAAGACCAUGCAGAGUGUUGUUCUUGCGGCCGUCUCCAACAGGGAAAGAAUACUGGAGUAUCAGGCUUCCUCGCAACAUUUUCCAAGCCACUAG